AUGUCUCAACAACAAUCCAUCCAAAAAUCAGCUACUCAAUCAACUCUUAGAACUUUUACAGAUUAUGGAGGAUAAUAACGAUUAGUCAACUAUGCGAAUUUAUAAAGGAAUCUUUCUCCUUAAGCUGAAUUGUGUCUUGCCAAGGAUUAUAAUUCCAAAAUCAAUAAAUAUGUAAAACAAGAAAAGAAUGCAUGUACAUUACCUUCUGAGUGCGAUAGUAAAACCAUUGAAAUGUGCAAGGAAAAUUUAAAUAAAAUUGCAACUCUUUCAAAAAACAACCCUACGCUCAAACCAAGUGACCCUAUAACUCAAGAAAGCAAAUCAUUAAAUGAAAACAAGAGUCAUAUAAUCAAAACUCCUCUAAGUGAUGUCGAUAAUCUAUGGAAUUUCCAUAAUAAUCCUAUUGCUCCAAGAUAAAAUCCAAAUUCUAAAGUGAAUUAUCAAACUUAAUAAUCUGAUUGGAAACCUAGUUAAAAAUCAAUCCAACCAGCUCUUUCAAAAACGAAGGAUCUUUUUGAAAAAAGAGAACUCAAAGUGGCUGAAUCUAAGCCAGUAGCCAGGAACCCUAUAUUAGAAGACAAUUAGACAAAACAAUAUGGAAAACAUGAGUCAUAUGGAAAGUCUGAUCAUUUAGAGUGCAAGAAAUUACUAUCAAAUGGUUAUGGUUAGGAAUUGAAAUAUAAAGAGGAUAAAAAUAUGGCUUAGAAACCAAAUUCAUUUCAGCUAUCCGAUAGAACCUUCAAUUAUUCAACUGUGAAUUAAGGUGAUUACAGAAAGAAGCCAUCAGAAUUUGAAAACAAAAAUACAUUUUUUACUAGAAGAUGA